AUGUCUGUGCACUCAUUGCUUUGUGACCGCAUUGUAAUUGCCAAAGAAUUAAUAAAGAGAGCUGAAGCCCUCUCCAAGUCUCGAGCUGGAGGAGUUGAAGGUGGAGCAAAACUAUGCAGCAAGUUAAGAGCUGAGCUGAAGUUCUUGCAAAAAGUGGAGGUGGGAAAAGUGGCCAUUAAGGAGUCUCACUUGAAAAGCACCAACCUCACUCAUCUACAAGCCAUUCUUGAUUCAGCUGAGAGCCUAGAGGAUGUGGUCAGUGUACUCCAUGUCUUUAGUUACAAAGACCAGUUUGGUGAAAAGCAAACAAUUGUAGUGGAUGUAGUAGCUAAUGGUGGCCACACAUGGGUGAAAGCAGUUGGAAGAAAGGCUGAAGCCUUGCAUAAUAUAUGGCUUGGUCGUGGUCAGUAUGGUGACAAAAGCAUUAUUGAACAAGCAGAAGAUUACCUACAAGCUAGUCACCAGCAACCUGUACAGUAUAGCAGUCCCCACAUCAUAUUUGCUUUUUAUAAUGGCAUUUCCUGCCCUAUGGCUGAAAAGCUAAAGCAGAUGGGAAUCUCCGUACGUGGUGAUAUAGUAGCUGUUAAUGCCUUUGAAGAAACUGCAGAAGAAGAGACUUUAAGUGACAGCGAAUCUGAUGAUGAUGCUUCAGAGCUUUUACAUGGCGGUAUAGUAGAUAGGGAAAAUAUAGUGGCCAGUGUGGCUUUUCCUAGAGAGAUCAAAGUUGAAGUCUGCAAGCGAGUGAACUUGGAUAUCACUACAUUGAUCACCUAUGUGUCUGCACUUAGUCAUGGAGGCUGCUACUUGGUGUUUAAAGAGAAAGUAUUAACAGAACAGGCAGUUCAGGAAAGAAAGGAGAAGGUGUUGCCAAUGCUGAAUUCUUUUAUGGAGGACAAAGAACUAUUUGCAUGCGAGUCUGCAGUGAGGGACUUCCAGGCUAUAUUGAAAACCUUGGGAGGACCAAAAGAAAGGGAGCGAGCUUCAUCACUUAUUAAAAGAAUUACUGUGGUACCUGACCAGCCUUCCGAACGUGCCUUAAAACUUGAAGUCAGCUCCAAAAUCAACCGGCGUUCAGUCUCGAUAUUUGGCACUGGGGACAACUUGAAAGCAAUCACAAUGACUGCUAACAGUGGCUUUGUAAGAGCAGCAAAUAAUCAAGGUGUGAAAUUUAGUGUCUUCAUACACCAGCCUAGAGCACUAACUGAAAGCAAAGAGUCUUCUGCUACUUCCAUACCAAAGCAGCAUGUGCCUCCUGAUCAUCUAUGA